AUGCGUCUCAGAUUCUCCAUCCUCCUCUCAUCUCUCACCUGUGUGACAGUCGUGCAUUCAUGUUGGGAUCCUGCGUCCUUGUCAGAUGAAGAUGUAAACGUCCUCUUGAGACAGAAGGCCCCAAGAGAUGUCUGGGCUGACUAUGGAGCUGCUCAUGUGCAUACGGAAGCUGAAGGUGGUAGUGUCUUGCUAGAGAAGCAUUCCGAUGGAGGCGCUCUUGUCCCAGGGAGGAGCUGGGGUCAAGAGGAGGAGACACCGUUCAUCAACAUCAUAGUUCGAAACUCGGAGGAGAAUGUGAGGAUACGUUGGAAAGCAGGGAACGUCAAAGUGGGACAGGGAUUCUCUGCAACCAUGGCAUUCUUGGACGGAGAGUUUAUGGGCGCUUGUUACUACGCCGCCUGCCACCUCGACGUGGAGUUCCGAGAUCGCGAAAGAAUUUUCUACGCCCUUCUUGUUAGAUUGGACCAAGACAACCAUGCUGCCUUGACAAAGCAUUUCAGCAAAGCGAUCAUUCGAUCUCAUGAUGUGAACGAGAGCGUGACCAACACACAUCGGCAGCAAACGUGUUUAGAACAGCCAGAGUCCUCUGCCCAUGGAGAGUUGUUCGUUGUCGAUGUGGUAUAUUCAUCCGUUCAUCGUCAGAUCGUCAUCUUUGGGCCGACCAUGAAGCCUCUGGGCGGACUUUACUGUGUGUGGGACAACAAUCCGCAGACCUCGAACACGGCCAGGAAGGUAUGCCAUAACGACAGGAUCCCCGAGGAGCUCCGGAGGUCCUGGAUCUGGGUGAUGCCUCCGCAAGGGAUGAGAGCGCACAACGUGAAAGGGAGGAGCGAGGAUGAGACGAGGGGGAUGCUGUACCAGUGCGUCUUCUACGAGGGAGCGGAGGAAGUGGCUUCUAACGCGACCCUCAUAGUGGACAAUCAGUUGAGCCACAACCUCGCUACCUGCUUCCUUCCCGCUGGUCUGAACGAGCAAAUCACUUCUCCUCCUUCCUCUAAGAGAGGACUGCUCACGAAGUUUCGCUUCCGAGCGGUUGACCUGAGGAUCAACCUGGUCGUCGCGGAGGUAUCUCUUCCUCUGUGUCCGAAUGUAAUCAGCACCGCUCCGAGAUUGCGGUUCGACCUUAGCAUCUGUGCCAUCUUCCGCGACCAGGCGCCCUACCUCGCAGGGAGCAUCAUUGCAUGUCCUGAUCUUGCUUUCUUCACGUGCUGUACCAUUGAUCCCCAUAAGCAUAUGUAUCUUUACAAUCACAAGAGUGUGGACAACGCCUCUGUCGAGCUCCAUCCCUACGUGACGGCUGGGAUCGUCGACCUCCACCAAUGGGACCUCCCGGGUCAUCCCCAGAAGGAAGCUUUCAUCCAUUGCACGCAUAAGUACGGGCACGAGUCUCGCUGGAUGGCGAUGAUCGACGUGGACGAGUUUCUCUUGCCGGGGGACGGGCAGCAGCAGGAUGUCAGGGAGGUGCUGCAGCUGUUCGACCAUCCCGAUGCUCUUCUGUACGUCCAGGAGAUGUUCUACGGCCAUCAGAACUUCUCGUCGCCCCCGGGCGGCCUCGUCAUUGAGAAUUACCUGAAUCACUCAGAUGAUAUCUCCAAGUUCUCCUAUCGCAAGAAGUACAUCUUCCGGCCAGAGGAUGGACAUAUUUACAUCCCCUGCAUUCAUGACAUAUCCAACGGAUUGUUCGAGGCCGUUCUGUUGCCUCCUGACAUCCUAAGGAUCAACCAUUACACGGUCAAGUCAAGAAGGCACUGGGAGGGUGAUCAUAUAAAGAGAUAUCAACCGUGCACCGAGGAGUGGAAUGAGGUGUAUGAGACAACCAUAGCAGAUGUGUAUCUCAACAGUCUGAAACUUGCAAUGUGCAAACGACUUGGCAGGCUGUACAACGGCAAACACGUUCGAAAUUUGCCUGCAGGUCGAAAGUGUGAAGACGAGGUUGCUUUAAUUGAAGCUGAAAGGUUUGUUUCGCAAACUUCUUACGGCGUGCGAGGUCUUGACUUGAUCAAAGUGUGGACGUCUGCAUUCCGAAGAGGCAGAGAAUUCAAUCUCAUCCGGCAUCCCAAUGCAGGAGAGGAGGAUGAGGCAGGAGAGGGAGGGGCGGCAAGUGAGAUCAAGAACGAAGAGGCAGACGCAGCUGUCGACGGGCCUCCUCAAGUUUUGAUCCUACACCCCCAACAAGGAGCUACAGUCUUGAAUGCUUCUCUCAACAUCAGCGUCGUUAACCUCCCCAGGUGGGGUGAUUGUUGUGUUCUAGUCAUCUACAUGGACUCUACCUAUCCAAAAGUCCUCCAACCAGUCGCUCAGAUUCCGUCUCCUUCCAACAUGUCCGUCACGAUCGAUCGAAAUAGAACUGCUAUCCCGUUCGGCCCUUCCUGGCAUAUAGUUAGAGUAGCUCUGCUCCUCCGCGAAGACGACAAGGCAGAACCGCUUGCUCAUGCUGAGAUCAAAUUGCGUUUCACCGGCCCACGGAAGUUGGAGGAGAGGAGGAAGGAGAGUUCAACCCCUCAAGAUGUCGGAGGAAGCGACAGGGUGACGAGAGCUCGGUUCCCCGUCGCGUAUCCCCAGUUGGUUUGGGUGGACAACGACUCGGGAGACCAAGCGUUGAAAGUGUACAGUGAGUUCGAGUUUGAGAGAGUUGCACUCUAUAAGGUCAAUUAUGGAGCCACCCACGGGCUGAACACUUUGAUCUUCGACUUAUGCAGAGUUCUCACGCCAUCGUCUCCACCAAGACGAUCGGAGUUUGUGAUGACGAUGGAGGAAGACUGGGAGUGGAGACAAGACAAGACGCACGUUCCUGUCAUCUCGAUGGCCAUCAAGGUGCUGAGGGAGGACGAGAUGGUGGUGGGGGUCUUGUUCCGAGAGGAGCUAGACUACAAGGCUGAGCUAUCUGACUGGAUGAGAACGUCGGAAGGGAUCGAAUAUCGAAGGCACUGCAUGAAAACAGGCUCCAUGGGCUGGGGAGCAUGGACCAACGGGGCGGCGAUCUGGAAGAGGAAAGUCUUGGAGGAGCGAGUCGGGAGACAGGAUGAAGAUUGGGGAGAUGGAGUAUGA